AUGGAGCCGGAAGAGGGGACGCCCUUGUGGCGGCUGCAGAAGCUUCCCGCAGAGCGGGGCUUGCAGCUUCUUCACAAAAUAAUUGAUGGCAUUUGUGGCCGGACUUAUCCUCUCUACCAGGAUUAUCACAGUGUUUGGGAUUCAACAGAAUGGAUGCAUGUUCUAGAAGACAUUACCACCUUUUUCAAAGCUGUAGUUGGUAAAAAUUUAUCUGAUGAAGAGAUAGCUCAACAGUUGAAUCAGUUGAAUUCAUCUCAUCAAGAAGCUAUCAUGAAAUGCUUAAAAAGUAGGAAAGAUGAAAUCAAGCAGACUCUGUUGGAAGAAAUAGUUGAUAUUUCCUCUGCACAACUACAGGAUUUUGAUUGGCAGUUAAAGCUUGCACUUUCUAGUGACAAGAUUGCUUCAUUACAAAUGCCACUUUUAAGCCUUCAUAUAGAUGUAAAAGAAAAUGGUGAAGUCAAGCCAUAUUCUGUUGAAAUGAGUAAAGAAGAGCUGCAGAAUCUAAUAAAUUCCUUGGAAGCAGCUAAUAAGGUAUGGACAAGCAGGGGCCAGACUGCAAUACUGAUUGCUCUUGCUUAUCCUUUGACUUCUAACCCAGCUGAUUCAGACAGAUACUUCUGUUCUCCCCACACUGAAUUCCUGUUGAAACCUUGGUGA